AUGCUAUUUCCUUAAUUAUUAUCUAAAUUGUAUAAUUAUCUCUUUUUCUCCUUUCUCCUAAUAAUUUAAGUUUGUCUUGUCUUUAUUCAUUUUUAUUGUUUCUUUUGUUCUGCUAAAUAUAGUCUUAAUUCUCAUUCCCAAAUUUACUAAUAUUAACAAUAAUAUUUUAAUAUCAGGCUAAGGUAAUCUCAUUAUUUGUGUAUCACUUUCUUUAUUCUAUUUGAAGAGAUACUCCAGUUUGUUUAUUUUAUUAAUAUAAAACACUUCUAGAUGUGCCACGAAUUUCUCUAAAUUAUGCUUUCAUCUGCUUAUGUAAAAUUCAUAUUCUACACGCAACUUGAAAUUUCAUACAUUCCUCUUUUGGUAAUUCCUUAAAUUGAAAUUAGUUUCUCUAAAAUCAAAAGAUUUUCCUUUUCCCAUAUUGAAAGACUUAAAAAUAAUAUUUUAAUUUAAUAAAUUUAACAAUUAUUUUAGAUGGAAACUAAUUCCUAAAAAGAAACAAAAAGACCAUAAUAAAUACUUAAAAUGGCAAAACUAAAUAAUAACUACAAAGAACCAGAAGACACAUAUGAACCAAAAAGAAGAGUCAAAUAUUAGAGUGCAUUUAAUUCAAUAGACAAAAAACCACAAUUAAAUGAGGAUUCGUCAACGUUUAAUGGAAUGGAAUACUUUGAAAGUCUGUAAAUGAAGAAAUCAAGUGAAAGGAAGGAAAAGACUCCUUAAAAAGUAGAAAGUGUGUCUUCGAUUUUGGCUUAAGCACCCUUAAGGGAACGGUUCUCUAAUCUUCAUUUGAUUAAUUCUAUCGAUAAAAUGCUUAUGCACAGUAAAUAUUCCAGUUUGUGUCACUUUUUCAAAGAAAUUGAUGAAAUGCUUUUAUUUCUCUAAAGCCAACAAAAACCGCCAUUCUUAAACACAAUUUAAGAAUUAUUGAGCCAAAAUUCUAAAAUUAAAGUCACUUAAUAGAUUAUACAAUAAAUAUUGGAAAUAUUUCCAAAUGCUUAUGAAGUUAAUUGGUCUUUAAAUGAAAAAUUAAUAAGAUUAGUUAGAAGUGAUUUGAUGAUAAAGACAAAUAUAAAAUCUCAUGUUUAGUUGGGAGAGCGUUUAAUUUAGUUUCAAUAAUUAAUGUUUGACUAUAUUUAAAAAAAUGGAGUUGAAAUUGGUUUAGCUAUUUUGCCUUAAAAUCCAUUUUAAUAAAUUCUACAGGAGAAACUGUAAAUCACAGAUACCUUAACAAAAUAAAUCUAACAAUAAAGUUCGAAACAUGAAAUUCAAAGUCAAGUUUCCAAAGAGCCUACAUAUUCUAAAGUCAGUUAAAAUUUAAUAGAGAAAUUGAAAUAAAAAAAGAAACUAGAAAUUGUUCAUACUGAUCUUUCAGCACCGAAAAAGUAAUUAAUUGCUCUCUCCACUUUAAUUCAUUAGUAUUUUCUGAUUAGAGAUGUGUCAAAUAUGUUCUUAACAAAUGUUCUGAAAUACAGUCUUAAUAGUUUAAAACAGUUUCUAUUAGAUGAAAAUUAAUUAAAAACUUAUAUUGAUUAAUUAAUAAAAUUAUGUCCACAUUGGAUUUAAGUAAUUGAAAAUCAGAAUGGCUCAAUUGUAAGGUUGAAUAAGGAAAUAGAUCUACCUUCUAUAAUCAGAUCUAUUGAAUAAAUGUGAAUAAAAGACUCUUUAAUUAAAGUUUGAAUUAUAAAAUUAAAGCAUUACUAUAU